AUGUCUACAAGUAUUGCUUCUUCGUCAAAUACUCGAUCAUUUGAUCCAACAGCUUUACCGCCUCGAUGGCUUGAUUGUCCAAGAAAAUCAACUAUUAUUGCUGAUAAAUUUAUUGCAUUCAAAACUCCAUUAGAUGAUCGAUAUAAAGAAAAAAUUAAUGUUGGUCAAACAUGGACAUGUUCCAUGUUAAUUGAUGCUGUUAAACGUGAACAAAAAAAUCUCGGUCUUAUUAUUGAUUUAACAAAUACAGAACGAUUUUAUAAAAGUGAUGCUGAAUUCAAAGAUAAAAAUAUACGUUAUGAAAAAAUUCGAUGUCGAGGACAUGGUGAAACACCAAGUGAUGAACAAGUCGAUCGUUUUAUUAAUAUUUGUAAUGAUUUUUUAGAUAAUAAUGCAAAUGGUAUUAUUGGUGUUCAUUGUACACAUGGAUUUAAUCGAACAGGAUUUUUAAUUUGUGCAUAUCUUUGUCGUGAACAUGAUAUGAGUAUUGACGCUACAAUUGAUUUAUUUUCAAAAGCUCGUCCACCUGGAAUAUAUAAACAAGAUUAUCUCAAUACACUAUUGAAAAAAUAUGGUGAUGAAAGUUCUACUGCAAUUCCUGCUCCUGUACGACCUGAAUGGUGUCUUACUAACAGUGAUGAUGAAGAUGAACCCAAUGAACGAGCUGUUGGAGGUGGUGGUAGUAAACGUUCACGUAAUAAUAUUUCUGAACAGUCAAAUAAACGAUUUCGAGAAGAACCACGAAAUUCUAAUCCACAAUUUGCUGUUAGUCUACCUGGUGUUACACCUAGUUCUUUACAACCUACUAUGACAACUAUUCAAUUAAAAUGUCAAAGAAUGUGUGAAUGGAAUCGACAAGGUUUUCCAGGUUCACAACCCGUAUCAAUGGAUAUAACAAAUUAUAUGACGAUAGUUCAAUCUCCGUAUAUGGUUAGUUGGAAAGCUGAUGGAACAAGAUAUAUGAUGUUAAUUGAAGAUGCAAAUAAAAUUUAUAUGUUUGAUCGUGAUAAUAAUGUUUUUGAAAUCACUCAUCUCCGUUUUCCAAAAGAUUCGGACUGUGCACAUCAUUUAACAAAUACACUUCUUGAUGGGGAACUUGUCAUUGAUAAUGUGGAGGGAAAGAAAGUACCGAGAUAUUUAAUUUAUGAUAUUAUAGUCUAUGAAAAUGAAAAUGUUGGAAAAAAAACAUUUAAAGAACGUCUUGAUAUCAUACGUCGUUUAAUUGUUGAUGUGCGAAAUAAAGCUAUUUCAAAAGGUCUUAUUGAUCGAAGUUUCGAUCCAUUUUCAAUACGAAAUAAAGAUUUUUGGGAUUUAUCGACUGUACAUAAAUUAGUUGGACCUAAAUUUCAAGCACAAAUAGCUCAUGAAGUUGAUGGUCUUAUAUUUCAACCUGAACUUGAUCCUUAUAUACCUGGUCGAUCACCUCGUGUACUUAAAUGGAAAGAGGAUAAUACAAUUGAUUUUCGUUUGAAAAUUAGUGUUGAUAGGGGUAAAGUAGGACAAUUACCAGAGAAAAAAGCUCUUUUAUUUGUGAAUGGUAUGCAAACUCCAUUUGCAACAAUGCGUUAUUCACCUGAUUUGCGUCAAUAUGAUAAUAAAAUUAUUGAAUGUUCAUAUCGUGAUGGUCACUGGCAUUUUCACCGAGAACGAACGGAUAAAUCUUUUCCUAAUGCUAAAGAAACAGCAUUUGGAGCCGUUGAAGCAAUACAACAUCCGAUAACAAAAGAAUUACUUUGUUCUCUUAUUGAUGAACAUCUAAAACAUAAUAUGCAUUAA